AUGGUAGUGGAAGUGGCAGUAGGAAUGGUAGUGGCAGUGGCGUGGAAUGGUAGUGGUAGUGGCAGUCGUGGCAGUGGUAGUAGGAAUGGUAGGGGCAGUGACAAUGGACGUGGUAGUGGCAUAGGUAGUGGCAGUGGUAUUGGAAGUGGCAGUGGCAGUAGGAAUGGUAGUGGCAGUGACAAUGGACGUGGUAGUGGCAUAGGUAGUGGCAGUGGCAUUGGAAGUGGCAGUAGGAAUGGUAGUGGCAGUGACAAUGGACGUGGUAGUGGCAUAGGUAGUGGCAGCGGUAUAGGUAGUGGUAGUGGCAGUAGGAAUGGUAGUGGCAGCGGUAUAGGUAGUGGCAGAGGCAGUAGGAAUGGUAGUGGCAGUGGUAAAGGUAGUGGCAGUGGCAGUAGGAAUGGUGGUGGCAGUGGUAUAGGUAGUGGCAGAGGUAUUGGUAGUGGCAGCCGUAUUGGUAGUUGCAGAGGUAUUGGUAGUGGCAGCGGUACUGGUAGUGGCAGAGGCAGUAGGAAUGGCAGUGGCAGUGGCAAUCGACGUGGUAGUAGCGGUGAAGUGGAAGUGGUAUAG